GCUCGCUUAACCCAUCAUCAUCCUGACAUUUAUCAACCGUGAUCUCCCAUCUCCUGAUCUUCCCCACACCCCCCUCUUGUUCGUCCAUGCCGUCGCCUCCCACACAAUCACAACCAUGGGAUUACUGAGCCGCUUUCGCCGGCGGUCCAAGAGCCAGAGCCUCGGCCACAGCCACGGCGGGGUGGGGAAUGUUGCCAACACCGACGACCAUCUCUGCAUCGACGCCGACCAUCCCUUCGCUGCCCCCGACUUCUCCAAGAAACUCUCGCGGCCCCUGCUGGGCCGCAUCUUCGCCUUCGUUUGUCCGCACACCGUCGACUACAGCUAUGACGCCUCCGAGCAGUCCAUGACUGAGGAUGGCUGCAUGCUCUGUGACAUGCGCGACCUGGCCCACUGCGCCCUCGUCUGCAAGCGCUGGUACUUUGAGGCUCGAUCGCUGCUCUACGCCCACGUCCGCAUCGACGCCGUCCACUACUGCCAGCUCGAGGUCGAGCUCGCCGCCAAACGCAAGCGCCGCUCCGUCUUCGAUCGAAAUGGCGAGGCGAUCGACGCGCCUCAAGUACGCCUCCGCCUCUUUAUGCAAGCCGUGCGCGACUCGCGAGACCUGGGGGCGAUGGUGCUCUCCCUGCGGAUGCCAUAUAUGACCCGCGAGGCCAGCAAGGCCGAGAUCGCGCGCACCAUCUCCGUCACCCCCAACCUGCGUUACGUCGACCUGCCCGCGGGCAUCUAUAGCGACGACGCGUCGUGUCUGGCGCUGAAGCAGGAACUGAUCGGCCGGUGCCCCGACCUGCGGCGAAUGAGCUACCGAUACGGCGCGGAGGCCAGCUUCGCGCAGCUGCCGGACACACACCUGUGGGGGAACCUGGAAGUGCUGGAGGUGUCGCGGCUGCAGAUCGAGCCGCGCGUGCUGCGACUGGGGCUGGCCUCAUUCUCCAGCCUGCGCGACCUCACCCUUGACGAUCUCCCGUGGCUCGACGACUCGGCCUUUCUAUACUCGGAGUCCCUCCCGCCUAUCCCGCCCCUCCAGCGCCUCACCCUUCGCGAUACCCCCAACGUCACGGCAAGCGGGCUUGCCGGCUUCUUCUCCCUCCCCGCCAACCGCAAGGCGCUGCAGUCCCUGACGCUGUCGUCCACAGGCGUGCUCCCCGCCACCCUAUCCCCGAUCCUGGCCGCCGCCCCGCAACUGCGCGCGCUGCUGGUCAUCCAGGAAGUGACGCGGUCGUUCCCCGCCGACCGCAUCCCGCCGCUGGCCUCCCGCUCCCUCCAACUGCUCCACUUUGAGAUCUCCUCCCCCGCCGGCUCCAGCAACCUCCCCCCCGUCGCCGCCUCCCACUACACCUACCUGAUCUCCUCCCUCAUGUCCAACUCCCUUCCGGCCCUGCGCGACCUGUACGUCCGCGACGCCAGCUUCCCCGAGACCCUCCUCCUCGCGCCGCCGCCGCGGCUGUUCGGCGGCGACAGCGGCAAUGGCCCGCCGUUCUUCAGCAGGGGGAUCAGCCAGCCCCUGAACGUCUACAGCAAGGGACUGGACGAGCUGGAGUGGAACUUCACGCCCUACGAGCCGCCGUCGACCCGCGGCAACAGCCGCCGCGACAGCACCACGCGGCCGGUGAGCUUCCACGACGCGCAGCUGAGCCGCAGCUGGGGCGGUGAAGCGCGGAAGAGCGUCCUUGUCGGCAACGGGUUUGGCGGGUUCCUGGCCGUACCGGUGGACGAUGGACGGCCCAAGAGCAGUGGGGGGUUGAGACGCGAUAGUCGGCAGGAUUUAUGGCGGUGAUCUAGAGAUCUUUUACGCUCAGUACGUUAAUGACGAUACCAAUGCCAUGACCUCCUCCCGUGCUGCAUACCACGGAAUCCGUAAUAGUUCUGCACCCCUACGUCCUCUCCUCCGGCUAGAGGCACGCAGAUAGAGACAGAC